AUGCCUGAAAGGGAGCUGUGGCCAGGGGGCCCCGGCACGGAACCCGUGACCCGCGUUGGCAGCUGUGACAGCAUGACGAGCACCAACUCCACUCACUCGGGAUUUAGUGACAGCAGCUACGACUUCCUAUCGGCGGAAGAGAAAGAGUGUCUACUUUUCUUGGAAGAGACCAUUGGCUCCUUAGACAAGGAGGCAGACAGUGGCCUCUCUACUGACGAGUCUGAGCCAGCCACACCCCAGGGCCCAAAGACACAGCCUGUUCUCCAGGGCUCUCCAGAGGAAAGACUGACUCAGGAGGGAUUGGAGCACAAGAGAGACCUUCACUCCAGUCUGACCCAUCUUCGGCAGGUCCAAGAGCUGGGCCUUAAGUCUGGAUCUCACAGCCUUCCCCGAAACAUCCAUAUUAGCAGGGGCCAGAGCCUUAGAGAGGGCUCCACUUGUCUCUCUAGUCAAUCUGAAGGCCAUAUCCCUAGAGGGCUUGUGUCAGCACCUUUGGGAAACAGAGGCAGUGUAGCCCCGCCUGUCCCCCCAGGGAUACCUUCUGAAUUAGAGGAGGUACUCAUACCCCCACCAGAGGCUUUCCGGGACACUCACCAGGAGCAAGGUACUGCAGGGAGCCUGUCCCUUAAAGAAAAGACAAGGCCAGGUCAAGACAACUUGCCCUGGCCCCACACAGCACCUGACACCCAGAAGAAAGAAGAAGCAUUUUUGAAGACUAUGUCCCAAAGAACCAGUGAGGGGAAGCCUGGGCUGCCUCUGACCUCGUCCUCAGAAACUUUGGGAUCUGAAGACUUUUCCCUCCCGGGAGGAGAUGAUAAGAGUACUAAGUUUGCUCCCCCGACAGCUCCCAAGUCCCGUAAACUCCCCCCCAACAUUAUCCUGAAGACCAGCCGCAGUAACUUCCCUGGCAACCCUCAGAACCGCUUUUCUCACCGUUCUCAGGCUGCCCCCAGAGAGUCUGCUCCUGAGCGCGUUGGUUCUGUAGCCUCUGGGCUCCAGGAGCAGAGGCGAGCCAGGCGAGAGGCAUUAGAGAAGCUGGGACUUCCUCAAGACCAUAACGAUGAGCCCAACCUCCAUUUGGUCAAGUCUGGUAGCAUUCUUAAGUCUAAGCAGUCACCGGCUCAGGCUCCCACUCCAGCCCCUGCUCCAGUCCAGGCUCCUGCUCCAGUCCAGGCUCCUGCUCCAGUCCAAGUUCCUGCUCCAGUCCUGUCUUCAGUUCCAGCCCCUGCUCCUGCUCCAGUCCAGGCUCCUGCUCCAGUCCAAGCGCCUGCUCCAGUCAGUGCUUCAGUUCCAGCCCCUUCAUCUCAAGUUGUAGCUUCUGGCCCUGCUUCAGCUAAGGCUACAGGUCCUCCAUCCACACCCAUCCCCAUCCCCAAGCCCACAAAAGUCAGCAGCAGCCCCCCAACUCAAUCAAGGCCAGACUCUAGACUGGCGCUCAAGGAGGGCUCCAUCCCUGGCCUUCGGCAGAUGAACUUCAAGUCCAAUACCCUGGAACGCUCAGGGGUGGGGUUGAGCAGUUACCUCUUGGCCGAAAAGGACAAUCCGCCCCAAACCAGUGCCUCUCUGGGCAAGGUCCCCUUCCUGGACAGGAUCUCCCCAAAUGUUCUGCGCAACUCCAGGCCCCGUCCGGCCUCUUUGGGUGGAGGGAAAGACUUUGCCAACAUCCAGGUGGGCAAGCUGGCAGAUCUUGAGCAGGAACAGAGCUCCCAACGCUUCUCUUACCCAGGACAGAGCCGAGACAAGCUGCCUCGGCCUCCAUGUGUCAGUGUUAGGAUCACCCCCAAAGGCAUUCCAAAUGAGCACCGACGGGAGGCCUUAAAGAAACUGGGCCUGCUGAAGGAGUAAACCCAGGGCUGCUGGGUGAGGACAGGCAUUAGACACUCUCCAAGGACUCCUCCUGGUUCUGCAGAGUGACUGGUGUGAAGGAUAUCCCUUGGACUCUCUCCUCUUUCUAGACGGUUAGGUGUGUGUGUAUGUGUGAGAGAGAGAGAGAGUGUGAGACGUGGGGGAGGGGGGCAGUGGAAGGAGAGAAGGGAGAGAGGAGAGAGAGAUUCAGGGCCAAGCCUUCGAAGAGGCUGUCAAUAAGGUUCCCAAGAAGCGGUUGUGUGUGGUGUGUGUAUGUGUGUUCUAUAAUAAUGUGAGAUGGGAAGUCUUAAUGCAGUUGUGAGUUUAUAAAAGCCUAAGUUUUCAGCUUAUUACAGUUUGAGACUAGACUGAGACUUUUAGGGCACAUUGUAUAUAUCAUUGGGGAUAUUUAUAUUACAAUAGAUGUAAUAAUUGCCCAGGACUGUGAUCUUGAAGGAGGUGUCUUUCCACUUGCUGGUGUCCAGCCGGAUGGGGAGGAAAAAUAUAUAAGGGUGGGCAAGGUUGUUAAGAGGAUAUGAUAUGAAGAUAAUAAGAUAUGAAGAAAGGGAUUGGGCUAAUGACUUCAUUGAUACAGGGAACUCCCAAAUGAGGAAACUCCCACUACUAAUGCAGGUCAGCAACGUCUACCUUCUCUGCAACUUAGGAACAGUGAGAGGUUCAUUUUCCCAGGGUCACUCAGGCAGUAUGUAUCAGAUCUUUCUGUCUCUGAGGCAGCUUUCUACUCUCUCCACCGUAUUGUCUCUCUAAAAUGAGAUCACUUUCAUGAAAGUACUUUUAAAAGAGCUCACGAUCAUAAUAUGUAGAUGUGGUUCUAUUGGGAUCUUGGCAGCGAGUCCGUUCCUAAGCUGGGGAUCAGUGGUUGAUGCUGUUGUACAUUCUCUCCCCUGACCUGAGAGACCCUUAGAUAACACCAACCAACUGACUGGGGCAUAGGGACAAGGGGAGAAGCCAGACAUCCACCUCUCACCUCCUUUCCCACUGUUACCUUCCCAGAGUAUAGCUUGUUGCCAUGAGGUCACCACCUAACCAUGCUUGUUCUAUAUGGGGCGGGAGGAGAGAAAGGUCAUCCUAGUCCCUGAGAUGCUGCUUCUUCCUACCCUUCUCUACCUACACAUCCCCCCUUUUGUGAGAGUCCAUGAUCCUUAGGCUUAGACAGUAAAGUUCUCUCUUGUCCCAACCACUCUAAGUGUCAGUGGAAUGGUUCAUCUUAUCCCUUUGUCCCAUUGUGCUUGGGGAGGCUAGAUCCCAGGGCUGCCAGUGGCAUCACCCUUGCCCUGGAGUGAAAUACUUUCAGCCUAGUCCAGAUUUUCUUCAGAGCCAUCAAUCACUCCCUUGGGAGCAUUUAUGAAUACCCUUAAUUCCCUGCAGGUAUGGGAUGAGAAUGUGGGGAGGGUAAACUCCCCCUGCCAGGGCAUACAAAGGGCUUUAGAGCCAGAAGGACCUUUAGGAAUCAUCUCAGCCAACCCAGUCAUUUUAUAAGACAGCUGAGGCCCAAAGAGGGUAUAUAAUUCAAACAGGAUCAUACUGGGGCAGAGGUGUGACCAGAAUAGAGAUCUCCAGACCCCUAGGCUAGCAUGCCUUCUACGUGGUUGGUUGGUUGUUGUCCUUUAUUCUCGAAGAAGACACCUUCUACAUAAUACUGCCUCUACUAGGGAUUAUAAACAUUCUUUUUCUUAAAUGUGUGACUUUGGGUAAGUUCUUUAACCUCUGAAGCUUAUUUUCCUCUUCUGUAAACCUGGGAUCAUGAUAUCUGUACUACCUACCUUGCAGGGUUGUUGUAAGGUGUAAACAAACUGACCUAUGUAAACGAGAGCACUUUGUUAAGUGUAAAGCACUAUAUAAAUACAAGCUAUUAUUAUUAUUUUUGUUAUUCUGAGACAUUCAAGGCACUGAAAGAUCACAACGAACA